GCCCCCCGCAACCACUCGGCCGUGCGAUUACCGUAGCCCUGGACAUCAACCAAGCGAUAGCCGACACAAGACGUGAUCAUCUCAUUGUUGCUAGCGGCACAGAGCAAACAGCAAAAUGGCAUCAUACACAUCGGUCCACCUUGCUGAGAGGCCGCAAGACGGCGUCGUAGCCGGCAAGACGUUCACAUGCAGGCAGCACCAAGUCCCGCCAGCGUCGUCGCUCAAAGACGGCCAAGUACUGUUCCAGACACUGUACCUGUCCCUGGAUCCCGCCAUGCGCGGCUGGCUAAACCCCACACGAUCGUACAUCCCGCCGGUCGAGAUUGGGGCUGUGAUGCGCGGCAGCGGUAUUGGCGUCGUUGUGGCGAGCAAGAGCAGCAGGUUUCCCGUGGGCACGUAUGCCAGCGCCAUGUGCGGAUGGUCCGAGUACGCCCUUGUCGACGAGAAGCACGUGGAGCCGCUGGACCUGCCAGAAGGCGCCGUGCCCACGGAUGCACUCGGGGUGCUGGGCAUGACGGGCCUCACAGCCUACUUUGGCAUCCUCGAGAUUGGCCAGGUCAAGAAGGGGGAUUUUGUUGUUGUGAGCGGCGCGGCGGGUGCUACGGGAAGCGUGGUUGGGCAGAUUGCCAAGCUCAAGGGCGCAAAGGUGCUGGGCCUCGCGGGCGAGGACAGCAAAGUAUCGUGGCUGAAGGAGGAGCUGGGCUUUGACGACGCGCUGAACUACAAGGAUGCCCAGUUUGCAAUGAAGUUCCGCGAGGCGACCAAGGGCCUGAUUGACGUCUACUUUGACAAUGUUGGUGGGGACAUUCUCGACAUGGCGCUGUCGCGGGCGAAGCCUUUUGCUAGGUUUGUGCAGUGUGGCGCCAUCUCGGAUUACAACAAGAAGCAGCCGCAAGGGCUCAAGAACUACAUGAUGAUCAUCUCGAUGCGCAUCCGCAUGCAGGGCUUUGUUGUGUUCGACUUUGCCGACAAGUACGCCGAGGCUAGGAAGCAGCUGGCGCAGUGGGUGGCUGAAGGCAAGCUCAAGCGCAAGGAAACCAUUGUCAGGGGCGGCAUUACCAAGGCCGAGGAAGCAUUGGUGGCACUGUUUGAGGGAAAGAAUACUGGCAAGAUCAUGGUGCAGGUAGCGGAUCCAGAAGCUGUCAGGGCGAAGCUAUAAGUAGAGCAUGUGUGUGUGUGUGUGUGUGUGUCUGUCAAUCACGCGGCAGCGAGAUGCAUCCAUGUACGUAGUGAUAGCAGUGAUAGUAGCGGUAGUAGUAGUAGUAGUAGUAAUA